UAUGCAGUUUAUUGUUACAUAAUUUUUUUUUUUAAUUCAACAUAAUAAAUAAAUAUUGACAGAAAAAUAUGAUGAAAUCGAGUGGCAAAACUAGAUGUAAAAUAGCCACACAAAAAAAAAGGAAAUUAAAACAGAGCUUGACGUUAAUGGAGAAAAGACUAAUGGAGUUUCCCAGGAAACAAAACAAAAGGAGAAAUGGCGACAUCGACAACGUCUGCGAUUAGGGCACCGAAUUGGAGAACCGCUGUGUUGUUCUGGACCAUCUCUCUCACUAUCUUCUACUCUCUUUUCCAAAUGGGUAUUCGAAAUUCGCCAUCCACUUCAUCUCCUUCAUCAGAUUCCUUUGUCUCCUAUGCGGAGCAAAGUACUAGGUUGUACAAUAAGAUGGAACAGGAUUUACAAGAAAACGGACCCGUGUUUCUUAAACAAGGUGAAACGUCUCAGUCAUUGUCACUUUCAGAUCUCUUCACACUGAAAGAUGGAAAGAUAGCACCUGUCCUUAAGGUUGCGAAUCCCCCUGUGCGAGCUAAUGUAUUACAUCUCAGCACAGAAUACUCUGUCCCAGUCUUGGAAGUCGUAAAAAAUGUGUUCAGUCCUUACUUCGAAAAUACAAUUUGGUUUCAGGACUCUAAGAUGUACCACUUCAGCAUGUUUCAUGCAUCGAAUCACAUUUUCUCUGUUCCAGCUACUGAAGUUGAGGUUGAAGCAGAAGCAGCUGCUGUUAAAGCAGUUGCUAAAGAGCUUUGCCCUUUGGAGAUUAUCUUGGAUAGAGUUCUAUUAACCUCGACUGGUGUUCUUCUUGGAUGCUGGAAGGUUAAUUCUGGAGAUGACCCCAUAACAAUCCGCUUGAAACUGAGAUCUGUUCUUCCACGUGCACCGGAGAAGCAACUUUAUGAUGCUGCAAUUCUUCAUACAUCAUUGGCAAGACUGCUUGGUCCACCAAUAUCUCCAACUGAGGCUGGUUCUGACGACCAUCUCCAGCUUCUCCAUGAGUUGGUCACAAGACUAAACAACCAAAUCCGAGGAUUCAAGGCAAUAGUAUCAGAACUGUGGUAUGUAGAAGAGUUCGAUCUGCUGGCGCUCGCCUUGGGAGGAAGAAUGAAUGUUCGAUCAUUCCCACUCGGCUGUGCAAAGAGCUAAUACUUAUUUCAUCUUUAAGAUCAUCAAAACCCUAAUGUCAUCUUCAUGUAUAUUUUCUUCAACUUCAUAGUCAAGAAAAAUAUCUUAUUCAAGUCAAGACAAAAGUUCUUUUUAACUUGUUGCAUACAUCAAAACGGUAUUUUCUUAUGUCGGCAACUGAAAAACUACUUACAGUAUUUCGAGAGAUACAGUACAUUGUAAUUAACCUCCCCAAUACAAAUAUUUUGUUUUCCUUCUAUAGUUAAAACUUCCUUCCAU